AUAUAUUAGUUCCUGGUUGAUAGGACAACACGCUUUCGACCACUGUUAGCUUAGCUCGCAGCUUCAACUUCGGAAAGCAUGAAAUUAGUCGGUUUUUAGUUUAUCAAAGAGGCACUAGACGAAAGUACAAUAGAAAUUAUAAGGCGCUGCUUGCAUUUUAUGUCCAAGGUAUGGCUCUGUAGACAGAGUUUGGUUUUAGUGGGCUUACCAGCUUGCAACCGCCAGCUAAGCUAGCUAAGUUGCUAGCUACACUACAGUCCAAAAUGACUGACUGCUGCGCUGCAGCGAACUGUGAUUACGAGCAGCAGGGGUCCGAAAACACCACUCCGCUUUUCAGCUUCCCUUUGGAUCCGGAGCGAUGCCAGCAAUGGUUGAUCAACUGCCAUCGCCAGGAUUUGGCAUCACAGCCGCCAGAACAGUUGCAUAAUCUGUACAAAGUUUGUGCAAAACACUUUGAGCCCUCCAUGGUUGAGCAACAGACUGCAUCAAGCUGUGUGUUAAAGGAAGAUGCUGUUCCUACCAUAUUUGACUCUACUGCUCCUGUGAUUCAACAGGAAACAUGCAACAGGAAGCGAGCUAGAGACCCAUCAGAAGAGGAAGCUGCUGUUGUAAAGAAAUCAAAAGAAAAUGCACCAGAAAUGAAAGAAGAGCUGACAGAAAUGGGAGUAUCUCAAAAGGAAAACCAAACCCAAGAGGAUGUAGCCAUCUCAAAAGCAAAAGAAACUCUGAAGAUUUACUUUAAGGAAAUCCUGGCUCUGACGGGAUUCAGCAUCAAUGGGGCAAACAGCAGCUCAGAUGAACCAAUUGGCAGUGUGCGGGGUCAGCGGGCUCAUAAUCCGAUCUGUGUCGAGAAAAUAGACAAAAAGGAAAUCCUGCAAUUCGGUGAACACUUCAUGCAAGAGGAGAUCCAAAACAGCCUCAGACUGUCGAGAUUCUUCUCCAUACUUGUCCAGGACGUGACGAACAUAGAGGGAAAGGAGCAGAUUCCGGUUUUCAUCCGGUCGGUAACGGUCGCAGGUUUCCCCCAGAAGCACCUGAUUGGCUUCUUACCGUGUGAUUUGGAUGCAGAGAAUCUGUUCUACAUGCUACUUUCUGAGCUGAGAAAUAAAUGGGGUUUGAGGAUGGAGCACUGUCGAGGACUCAGUUAUCUCUCCACAGGAAGCAUGUGUCAGAAAAUGCGGGAUCUUACCUGCAGAAUCCUGCAAGAGUUUCCACAAGUAGUGCUCUCCCCAAGUGACCCGUAUGCGUUCAACAUUUGGAUAAUCCGCUGCAUGCCCGUGCCCUCCAUUCAGAAGGUUGCAGAUACUGUGCAGGAAGUGGCAUUAUUACUUCGACGAAUCCCAGAGCUGAGCAAGCGAUUGGAUGGAAAGAUCCAGGUGACGUAUGGGCAUUUAAAGGGUGAAGUUGACCGGAUCAAAGCUGCUCUCAGUGGGAUUUGGGAAUACGGCACUGACGCCUUCCAGACCAUGCUAGAAAUCCUCGAACCAUUCCUUACCUGCAUCAAUGAGAUCAUUUCGAAGGUGGAUGAAGAAACGGCCGAACAGAUGGCUAAGCUCAAGCCGGUUCUAAAGAACUUUAACUUCAUCAUCACUCUUGUUGUUCUGAAGAACACACUGUGCUGUGUGAGCAUACUUAACUCCAGUCUCAGGGGAAUAAUAAGCAUCAGCAGUACCUUGCAGUAUACUAUCUCCAAUGCCUUAAAGCUGGUCAGCAAAUACCAACAAGAGCUAGCAAUAUUUCACAGGAAAUGGUUUUCUGACGCAGUCGGCCGAGCAAAGAAACUGGGCGUGGAGAUCACUAAACCAGAAAUGGCCCAAGUGGACCCAAAUGAGACCCCACUGGAGGACUUCUACAGAGAGACUCUGAGUAGGCCCAUCUUGCAGUACCUCGUUGCAGAAGUGAAGAGAGUGUUCAGCACCGAGAUGGUGAGGAUCCUCCGAUGGCUCUCGUUGGUCCCGUCUUACAUGGCUGACCACAAUUUCAGCAUUCGCAGGGAUAAAGUAGCCGAUGCCAACUUGAACAACCUCGCACGUCCUGACACAUUCUACGAAGAGCUUGGAUGUUGGGAGGUGAAGUGGAGGCAUGCGAGCAAGCGGAGAAUCCUCCCAACCACGGUGUUUGCUACCCUCAAAAUUCCAGAUAUCGGGUUUUACCCAAAUGUGCAGAGCUUGCUGAGGGUGUUGGGGACUGUUCCAUGUGUAAAUGCGGAGGCGGAUGUGUACGGACAGUACCACAUGGUACUGGAGCGAUGCCAUUUCUAUCUGAAAGCCACCCUGCAGGAACAAAGACAGUGCAACAUGGCAUUUGUGUACGUGAACCAGGAUGUGCAUUUUAGUGUGGAGAAAAUGGUGGAGUCAUACAUUGAGAAGCAUCCAGACAUCCUGAAGUUGCUGCAGAUGGAUGAUGCCAUAACAGAGAACCUUUCACAAGUGACGGUCCAUGGAAACCACGCUGAAAAGGAUGCUGAGGAAGAACUGAAGCGGAUAAAUCUAGAGAUGGAUGCUGAUAGGCUUGUGGAGAUGAAAUGUGCAGAGACCGAUAGGGAAGCUCUUAAAUCUGCUUUGCAGACUGCAGUGGUGGCUGCCUACAGCAGUCACAGCAAGCUGCACACAGAUGCAUGUCCUGCUCAGGAUGGAGAGGUGGAGUAUGUGACCAAGUCUGAAAUGAAGGAAGUUCUCACAGUGUGUGAGAAUGCUGUGAGAGAGGGGAUCCUCACAGAGGUGGGGAGUUCGUUUUUUUCCCUCAUCAUCGACCGUGUUGUGAAACUGGGAGAAAAAGAAUACCUUCCCAUCUUCAUUAGGUUUGUUGACAGUUUUGAUGUCAUGCGUUUAGAGUUGAUAGGAUUUCUUGAGGCAGAUCUGGAAUGUGACGUCAUGGUGCAAAGUCUUAUGCAAAAAAUAACUGAGGACUGGCGUCUGGAUUUAGGUAACUGCAGAGGUCAAGCUUACCUUGGCUCUGGUGAUGUUUCCUAUAAGCUCAAAGCCUUUGCCUGCAAAGUUCAAGAGAAGUAUCCGCUUGCUAUCAGCACACAUUGUUCUGCUUAUUCGUUCAACACAUGGUGGUCUAAAUCAAUCCCAGUGCCUGCUGUUAAUAGAGCCCUGGAUACAUUUGAAGAAAUCCUGACAUUUUUUGGGAGCAGUGCUGCUCUAGAAAAACAACUUGACCAUGUGAUAGCAUAUGGCCUUAGAGAGAGCUACGAAAAGGUCCAAGAGUUACAGGGGAGAUUCUGCACUGUUUGGCAGGAGAAGCAUGACUCUUAUGAGGUGUUUGUGCAGAUGCUUGAGCCCCUAAGCGAAUGUCUGGAGAGGAUCAAGAACAACCCACAGAGAUGGAAGCUUUCUGUUUCUGAACAAGCCGCAGUCCAUCUGCGCAAAGUCAUGGAGUUUGAUUUCAUAAUUUCCAUGGUGGCCUUGAAGAAUGCUUCCUCCUUCACCAGAGAGCUCAGCGCAGGUAUCCAGAAGGACCAGUUCAGUGUGGCGUCCCAGCUUUGCCAAAUCAGUGGUAUCGUGGCCACUCUGAACAGAGUGAAAACCAAUAUGAAGUUGUUCCACCAGAACUGGUUUGAUGAGGCUUGUGCGAUAGCACAGAGCCUUAGAGUGCAGAUCGAAGUGCCUGACAACUCUCUUCCAAAAGAUGGCUUGAUAAAGCCAGCCACAUAUUACAAAGACUGCCUGAGUGUGCCCCUUGUAGAUAACCUCAUCAAUGCCGUAAAGGAUCAUUUUUCAGAUGACCACAAAGAAGCUCUGAACUUCCUCUCUCUUGUUCCCUGCUCAGUCACAGUGAGCUACAUGUUCGAGAACCUGAAGUCAAAGCAGCCUCUCUAUAGCAGCGACCUCCCUGACGCAGACAACUUCUUAACAGAGCUCUGUUGUUGGAGAGUAACAUGGAAGACUAAGGUGGCAUCCGUGACUAUCCCGAGCUCCAUAUUUCCCACGUUGCGCCUGCCGCUCAUGCAGUACUUCGGGAACAUCAAUACCCUGCUGAGGAUCAUGUCUGUUCUUCCCAGCACCAAGCUAGAGGACUGUGGUGUUGUAAUGCGCCACAAGAAAUUUCAGGACUACUUGAGAAGCACGCAUCCCAAGGACAGGUCUGUGUGUUUGGCUAUGCUCUACGUCAGCACAAACUUCAGCAGGGAUCUGGACCGUAUGGUCAGCCAGUGUUUGAAGGUUACGCCACAAGCGUUGGAGGGCAUCUGUUUGGACAAGGAAUCAAAGAGUCUCAUCAAGAACUCUGAAAAUAACAUGGAAGUUGACAUGAUCAAGGACAAAGUUGGGGAGCUCAGUGUUCAGCUAUCUCCUGAGAAGUUGCAGAUCCAAGAAAUGAAAGCCACGGAUGAGAACGGGCUCACAGGAGACAACCGUCAGAGCCUGGCUACAGUUUUUAGGCUGGCAGCACUCCUGGGGAAAAAGAAACGCAGUCUCUGUGAGCUCUCUGAGGAAGAUCGAGAACCUCUUGUUCAGGAGCUGAAGUUGUGCCACUGGUUUGGAAGUGAAAGCAAAAGCAUAUCAUGGAUUAGUGAUGAUGAAAUGGAGAACCUCCUGAUAAACGGAAUCAGAGAUGUCAUACUAAAAGAAAUACAGGAAUCGCCAUUUUUCUCCCUGAUCACUGAUAAACCUGUUAAAGUUACUAACAAAAUCUACCUACCUGUUUUCACUCGUUACGUUGGGGAAUCUACUCCAAAAGUGGAACUGAUUGGGUUCUUACCAUUUAAUGAAAAUGGUGAUAUUGACAGGCAAGCAAGUAACCUUGCAAAGAUUCUUACUGAAGACUGGGGCUUGCCCAUGUCUAAGUGCCGAGGCCAAGCAUUCAUGCAUUUAGGUCCUGGUUAUCAAAGCCUGAAGAAGAUGUCUUUAGAUUUCCUCAACAACUAUCCACUCUGUAUCGUAACGCCCAGUGAGUCUUGUGGUCUCGCUCAUUGGUUGGCCAGUAGUGUGCCUUGUCCUUCUGUGGCAAAAAUGCUGGACAUCACAGAAGAUCUGCUGCUGUUCUUUGACCAAUCUCCUGAUCUAGAGGAACAGUUGGCAGAGGCUGUUGAUGGGCUUUUAAACAUGCCAAGAGAGGCGUUAGAGGAAAUUCCAGAAACAUGCUGCUCAAGGUGGAAAAAACGGGAGGACUUUUUUGACAUCCUUGCUGAUACAUUAGAGGGCGUACUCAGCUGCUUAGAUGCUGUUAGCUCUAGUGUCACAGGGGCCAAGUCAGUGCAUGCUCAGGUUCUGUCUACUGCUCUGAGGAACAUGGAUUUCAUCGUCACUCUUGUGAUUUUGAAGAACGCCUGUGCACCUCUUCGUAACUGCAGCACGGUUUUCCGCUGUGGAAACCCUGCUGACAUUCUUUGCGAGGUGGAAAAAAUCCCUUCCAUCAUAGCAACUCUUGAGAAAAUGUUAAAAAAUGUGAGCUCUGUGCACACUACUUGGUUUGAACAGGCAUUCCAGUUGGCGACCAAGGUGGCUCCUGAACAAGUGUGCUUCUCAGAAGAAGUUAAUAGCUAUGAUUCCCCAGAGAUUUACUAUGUAGAAAACCUGAGUAUUCCACUACUCCAUAAUCUGAUCGAGGAGAUGAAAUAUUGCUUCUCAGACAACCAUUUAAAGGCUCUGUCUGUCCUGUCACUGCUUCCUUCUUGUAAUCCACAACCCAUACUUUCAGAGACCACAGACAAGCCUUUCAGCCUUUACCUUGCAGAUCUUCCUGAGCCUGACAUGGCUGAGCAGGAAAUUAAUGCUUGGGCUGCCGUCUGGAGAGAGAAAUACCAAGAUAGUGCUCUUCCAACAUCUAUCGCUGAAGCACUUGUUCAUCCAGAGUCCAAAAGCCACCCAACUGUUACCUUACUGCUCAGACUCGUUGCUGUCUUGCCAAGUGUCAGUAUGGAAUGUGACCUGAUGAAGACCACUCUGAACUCAAUGAGGGAUCUGUUUAAAAACACAACAUGCAGAGGCAGCCGGAUCAGUCAAGUGAUGCUUUUGUUGCACUCCAUGACACUGAAGGGACUUCCAGAAGUCAUUGAGAUGUGCAUGGAGGUUGAUCCAGAGUGCGCUCCAUGUCUGUCCCAGGUCAUGAAAGUUCUCCAAAGACUGAAGUUGGACAGAAGGGACCUUGAUGUGAAAUCAGCAGAAUCCCAAGAAUCGAGUGUUGCAGAGAAACCUGCAGAUGAAGAGGUGAAAGCACCAGUUAUGGGAAUGACUCAAAAGGUAGCUGAAGGACCUAGAACAGCUGUGUCUUUCUACGAGCCACAGCUACGUGAACAAAUCUUAAAGGAACUCUGGGACUCUCAGUUCUUCACGGUCAUAACUGAGCAAGUGGUUGAAAUUGAUGGUGAGCUCUAUAUCCCGUUGUGCAUCAGGUACUUAAAAAAAGAGGACAUCCAGUGUGAGGAAACACUGGCUUUCAUCCCUUUCACCGAGGACUCUGGUGUCCUUUCCGAGGCCAUAGAAACUGCCCUGUCUGAGAAGUGGGGACUCAACAUGGAGUAUUGCAGAGGACAGGCCUCACUAAGUGUUGGUGAAGCAGGAGCUCAGAUGAGGGCUGUAAGUUUAGCCAUUGCAACAAAAUACCCUCAGGCUAUUAGAACAGUUAGCUCUGCUCUGUCCCUCAAUGUUUGGCUGGCGAGAUCCUCCCCUGCUGAAGAAGCAGCCAAUGGAUCCGUCCUCGUGGAUAAAUUAUUACACUGGCUCACAGAGGAUGUAGAACGCCAGAACAUGCUGGAAGACAUGAUCAUGUUGACGUUCCAGCAGGAUGAGGCAAAGGCCUGUGAGUUGAGGGACAAACUCAUCAAGAACUGGGAGAAGAGUCAUGAUAUGCAUGAGGUUAUGGUAGAAAUUUUGGAAGCAGCUAUGCUCUGCCUGAAUGAGCUGAAAGGAGAGGGAAGUACUUCAGACCAGCAACAAGCGUCAAAUUUCUUUGAUGCGAUCAGAAACUUUGAGUUUAUCUUUUCAACUGUGGUGCUGAAUAAUGUCCUGAGCUUAACUAAAAAGCUAAGUCAGUCUCUUCAAGGUAAACCUUUAGAUAUGCUGCUUGCUGUGAAUACUUUGCCUGAUCUCAAAGCGUCCCUUGGUAAGCUAAAGAGCGAGAUUGACAUCCAUCACAAGUCCUGGUUUGAUGAAGCGGUCUCCUUGGCUUCUAAGCUAAACAUUCAGAUGCUGCAUUCAGUUCUUCUAGAGCCGCUGAGUGACUUUUACAAAGAAUCUGUCAGCAUGAACGUCGUGGAGCACUCAAUAGCAGAAAUUGACGACCUCUUCACAGACAAGGUACUGGAUACAUUAAAAUGCCUGGAGAUUGUGCCUUAUGCAAUGUUCAAAGUGAAAACCAGCAUUCUCAGUGGUAUUGUGUAUCGCCUGUACAAGGAGGACUUGCCAGACCAGUCCUCUCUUCACUCUGAGAUGAAGGCGUGGAAGGAGAAAUGGUUGGAUCCUCUGGCAGGAUACCUUCCAGCCACUGUGCUCGAUACGCUCAAGACAUCACAGAUCAGAAGUUUUAGUAAUAUUGAAACGCUCCUCAGACUUCAGGUCAUUUUGCCAUUUUCACGACGGGAGAGCAAUUUCAGGCAGGGGAAAAGGAGUCUGCAGGACUUCAUUCAGCAAGACAAGAGAUCCCUCUCUGAGCUCCAUUCUCUGUAGGGGUUACAGGUCCUCUGGUUGAAGCUUUGAGCAAUGUGUUUGAGAGGAAGUGGACGUUCGUAUCCCCUAACUAAAGGACUGUUUUAGCCUUCACGGACAAUUGUCCCUGUACAUUACUAAAUUUUUCUGUUGGUUUUCAUCUUUCAAUCCUAUGCUCUGUUAUUUCCUUUUUUUCCCUUUGUAGUUUGUACAAUUGUAUCUCCCAAUGGGACCAAUAUGAUGGAAAAACACAAAGCCCCAGUGAUGGUUCUCAGUGCUUGUGCCUUGAUGAGAAACUGACUUAUCCCUUAUCAUGAACUUAAGAUGGUCAGCAUUGUCCCAUUGGUUUUACUUGAUAAUCUUUUAUCCCCUUUCCUCUCAUAAUCAGAAAUGACACUGAGUUUAAUCACUUUUACCAACUUUUUAUUUUUUAAGACUCACUCUUAUAUUUCCUUGGCACAAAUAGAAACCCUUAGUUCUGUCAUGUCUGAUUAUUUUCUGUGUUUGCCAUCUCCUUGCGAGAAUGACUUUGCUGUAAACGUAUCUUUGAGAAUAAUGUUUCCUUUAUAGGAAAAUCUUCAUAUAUAUUUGUCAAAAAACAAUAAUAAAAUGAUCCAAAAAGAUA